AGGUGACACUAAUCGAAUUUGGUUCGAAUUUUACUUCUGAUAUUAUAAGAACAUGAUAUUCGAAGAACUGGAAUGGUACAGCAGGUGGCAGUUCGCGAUCAGUUAGUUUAGUUAGUUAGAUUUUCAAUCUCUCCAACUCUUGCGUGUUCGCGAAGUCUGUACAUUUUUAACGGACAAAUUAAGUACAAGAGUGUUAGUGUUUGUGAGUGUAAUAUUAGGGAAAAUUAAAAAAAAAAUGGAUAAUGAACCGCAGGCGUCCACGUCAGGAAUCAUCGAGGAAAAGAAGAGGACAUUAUAUUUUGUUUCUUAUUGGGAUCCAAUGGUACCCUAAAUUCUAAGUAAGUAUAUACAGCAGUGAGGACUUCAACGCUCGCUCUAAUGCGCAUGAUCCGGAAAAAUCCCACGAAUGUCCAUCACUGCAUCUGCUGUAUACUUUGCAUACCACAUGCGUUUCUUGCGGGUAACCUCGAUGUCAUAACAAAUAUUUAAUUAUGGAUGAAAGUCGAAAAUCUCGUGUUAUUCUCGAAGAAUAUGGUAUACCUAAUGCUUCCGACUAUACAAAUUACCAACCACAACAUGAUUGGAAUUUACAAAAUUUUAAAAAAGAAUUUAAAAUACAGGUAGUCAGGGAAUCUGAAGAUGAACGUGAAUUAGAAUUUGAUUUAAUUGGUUAUCCUGUUGGUUUUGCUAAUGCAUUUCGUAGAGUUCUUCUGAGUGAAGUACCAACCAUGGCUAUAGAAAAAGUUUAUAUUCUAAAUAACACAAGCUUGAUCCAAGACGAAGUUCUUGCUCAUAGGUUGGGUCUCAUACCGUUUCGAGCUGAUCCCAGGCUAUUCGAAUAUCCUUCAUCCACUGCUAAAGAUGAAGAUGAAGUUAGCGAUCAAGACACACUCAGAUAUGAACUUAAGGUAUCAUGCACCUGGAAUCCUCAAGCUCCCAAAGAUUCUAGAAGAACAACUGACAUGUAUAAGAAUAGCAAUGUAUAUAGUAAAGACAUUAAAUGGGUUCCAAUUGGACGCCAAGCAGAACUUUACCCUCGAGGAGCAGAACAAUUAGGUGUUUUAGAAAAUGAUAUCUUGAUAUGCAAAAUGCGUCCUGGUCAAGAAAUACAUGCUUUUAUGCAUGCAGUUAAAGGAAUUGGAAAAGAUCAUGCCAAAUUUUCUCCUGUAGCUACAGCAUCAUACAGAUUGUUACCAGACAUACAACUAAUAAAACCAGUUAAAGGUGAAAUGGCGGAGCGCUUAAAAAACUGUUUCAGCAUCGGUGUAAUAGAAAUUAUUGAACAUAAGCCUGGCGAUCCAGAUUCACGUGAAGCGAGGGUGAAGAACCCUCGUUACGAUAGUUGUUCUAGAAAUGUGUUUCAGCACGAAGACCUCAAAUCAUGCGUACGUUUAAGUAGGGUACGAAACCAUGUCAUUUUUACUAUUGAAUCCGUGGGAACGUUAACUCCAGCUGUGUUAUUUGUGGAAGCUAUUAAAAUUCUUAAAGGAAAAUGUAAAACGUUUUUGGAAGAACUUGAAAAUAUUAGCCAAUAAAUGUUUUCCACUGUA